UACAGCACAGUACAUGUGUACAAAACAACAUGGUGGUUAUUUGGAAGUUUCUCCAUUCGAGUCAUGCCGAUCAUGGACUACGACAGUGUGAAUGAAAAGCUGCAUUUUGAACAUUUAAUUAUUGGUUUGUAGCUACCAAGUCAUACUAGCAGUGCUAAAAUGGCAGAUGAGGAACAAGUCCUCCAAAUUGAUCUAACUGAAGAAGACGAAACUGAGGAAAGUGAUACUGUCCCCAAGGAAGAGAUGGCCGUUCCUCCUGAUAAAGGAAGUCCAGAUCCAGAGAGAUCCUCUAGUCCUGUCGUGGUAUUGAGUUCUGAACUUGAUGAACCUCCAGAUGGCAACUCUGGUCACAUGGAAGUAGUUGUUCUUGAAGAUGAGGAGGAAGAAGGGCCUUCUGUGGUUGAGGAUAGUAAGAAGGUGGAGGAUAGCGUAGACUCUUCUGUCGACAUUGAACCUCCAGUGGACGUUGCAGAAAAGAUGGAUGAUGAUGGCGAGGAAUCGGAUGGGUCGCAAUCAAGUGAAGACAUGGAUAUGUUGCUCAUUGCAGAUGAUUCUGAUUCGAGUGACGAUGACACAGAUGGUCUGCUGGGUGAAAGCAUGGACAGAGAGGGUUCUUCGGUUGAAGAGAGUUUAGAGAAAGAUGGUUGCUCAAUAGUUGAAGUCCCAGAGAAGCUUGAGGAUAAUUCAAAAGAUGGUGAAAGUAACUUGGAGGCUCCUGAUGAGAGUGAUUUGCAAUAUAAGGUGAAGAUUACCAGAGUAGGUGGGGGUGACUUUGAGGGUUUUGAGAUCACACAUGAACCGGUUAGUAAGAGUUACACUAGGAAGGAUGAUCAGGCGAGCGAUAGAGGAAAUACCAAACCUGCUGAAGGAGAAUCAAGCAAAGAGGGCAUUGAAGCUAAGGAAGAAGCUUCACCUUGUAGCGGUACUUCGAUCAAAGAAAUUGAAGGAGUAACUGAGAGGGAAGAAUCUGCCCAGAAACCGGAGAUAGAUUGUGUAAGUACUCCGUCAUUUGACAAAGAGCAGCGAUUAAGCGACAGUCAGAAGAUGAUGACUACAGACUUGGAGGCGGGUGCCAUGAGACAGCUACCGUCGCCGACUUCCACCCGAUCAAGCGAAAACAAGUCCAGCAUCAGACCCCCGUCAUCCCCUUUCUCCAGUGAUUACAAACCAUCAACACCAGGGACACUUUCCAGUCGUAGCAGCACCACGGGGAGCUAUGACGGGAGUGGAAAGAGCGUAGGGGAUUCUGCCAAUAGCAGUAAGCUGCGUGCCAUGCGCAACUCGACCAGAGAGCGCAGAGAGAACCGGGAGGAGCGCGAGAGGCAGGAGAAACUGUCCAAGGGUGAGAAGGGUAGAGAGCUGAGUAGGAGUAAGUCUAAUGUUGACAAGAGGAGGCUUAGUCAUCCAAAAGGUGUUUCCCUGGAGCCUGAGCCCUUGCCGCCCAAAACAAGAGGUAGGAUGACGAGGGUCGGCUUUGACUUUCUACCCGGUUCCAAGCUUGAGGCGAUGGACUAUCUGAAUAAUUGGUAUCCCGCAAAGAUACUGCAGAUUGACGAGUCACGCCAUCAGAUACAGAUUCACUUUGAAGGCUGGAACUCCCGCUACGACCAGUGGAUCCAUUACAACUCACCUAAGCUCCGCUCGCUGGUCAGGAUGUCCAAUCGCAAGGAGGGAUUCAAAGAGGUUCCCGAAGGGAAUCACAGGAUUGGUGAGGAAGUUCUGGCACGUUGGUCCGACUGUCGCUACUACCCGGGCAAGAUUGUCGGCGCCAAUACAUCCGGAAGUUAUCGGAUUAUAUUUUACGAUGGAAUUGAGAAAAACGUCCUGGGUAUGAACGUCAGAGAUAUGCCGGAAGAACUCAAGAAACAAGAUUUCUUCAGUAAUCUUCAGGCUCAGAUAGAGAGAGCAGAGCGCAAUGCUGCACAGAGGAAAGCCAACAGACAGAAGUAUGAAGCCAAGAAAUUACAACCUUUAUCUCCAGCUUCAUCCAGCACGGGAUCUAGUCCUCCGGAAGAGCGCAAAAGGAAACUGUCAACUUCCUCACCCGCCCCUCCUACUCCCAUAGGUGCAAAGGUCAAGAGGUCAAGGUCCAGCACAGAGCAGGUUGAAGGGUCAAGUGAAGAGGUCAAAGGGUCGAGAAAUCUGAGCCAAGAAAGCAGGAAAUCUAGAAGAAGUACCGAGGAGGUCAAAUCGCCCAAGGCUGCAGAAACUGAUCCAGGUCGCAGGUCAAGAUACGCUAGUGAGGAGGGUAGGAGAUCAAGGAAUCUUAGCGAAGAGGGUCGAAGGUCAAUUCUCAGCGAAGAGGGUCGAAGGUCAAUUCUCGGCGAAGUGGGUCGAAGGUCAACUCUCGGUGAGGAGGGUCGAAGGUUGAGAAAUCUGAGUGGAGAAAGUGGGAGGUCCAGGAGUAGUACAGAAGAGGUCAGAUCGCCGAAGGUUGCUGAAGUCGACCUAAGUCGCAGGUCGAGAUCCUCCAGCGAGGAGGGUCGCAGGUCGAGAUUGGCGAGUGGAGAUGGCCUGAAGUUGAGAAGCAGCACAGAGGAGGUUGAAUCGCCGACGGCUGAGGAAGUUGAGCGAAAAAGAUCAAAGUUUGGCAGAUUUCCAGGAGGGGUGCAUCCGCCCGAGCCGACUAGAAAAGGAGGGCACUUUCUGAUGGGAGGAGGAGGAAGUGUUAAGAAGAAGGAGGUUAAGAAGGAAGGAACAGGUGUUAAGCUUGCCUUGACCAAGCACACCACAGUUUCCAGGCCUAGGUUUGUGGGUAGGCCCACCAGGAGGCCCGUCGGAAGGCCCACCGGGAGGCCCGUCGGAAGGCCCCCGGGCAGUAGCCUUCCAAGGAAAGAAGCACGAUCGGCCAGCAAUCUUCCAGGGAAGGAGCUGCGUUCUGUAGGCAACGUUCAGGGGAAAGAACUGCGAUCAGCCACCGCUUCCACCACUCAGGCUCCUAGUGUGCAAGAAAGAACGAGAACUGUCUCUCAAGUACCUGUAGAGGGCGACAGUCCAAUUCCAGACACAACCACAACAGGUAAAUCUCCGGCGCCUGUUACUUCAUCUGCCCCGGGAGUCACUCCUACCUCGACGCCGAGAGCAAGGCCAGGUCAUGUGAUUAUCCCUGUGGUGGAGCACAUCUCAAUGGACGAACGUCUGGAGGUCGCUAAGAACUUGGAAAAACUACGAGCUAUCGCUACAAAAGAACCUUUGUUUGCCAAUACUCAUAUUGGACACUUAAAGGAUCCAACAAAAUUCAUUGCACCUAAGGAGUUGAUUGUGGACCUGGACCACAACAAGUUCAAGUGCGAGGUCCCUGGAUGUACCAAGUCAUUCAGGAAGGCCAGUCUACUAGAGUCCCAUAUGAAGUACUACCACGCGGAGCCAGGAGCCGAAUCUGGUCCACCCCAAGACAAGGAUAAGGACAAGCCGUCCUCGAGGCCAAGGAAAAGGAAUUAUUCAGCUACUCAGACAUCAUCAUCAAGGAUUCGAAGAGAUUCAGAAACUUCUUGUCCAGCUGCUGGUUCAACGUCCCCAUCCUCCCCUCCGGCUAGACUGAUUGCCAAGCGAUCAUCAGCACCGGACACCAUCUCCUCUCCCACCCAAGGGACAAAGAAACCAGAGGCUCCUGUCAUGAAGUCUCCUAGAUCCCCACCUCCAAUCAGGAGCCCAAGGUCUCCUCCAGCCCAGCCGUCGAAGUCGCCAAAGAGUCCUCCUGCACAGCUGAUGAAGUCGCCUAAGUCUCCUCCUACACAGCAGCUGGUGAAGUCGCCCAAGUCUCCUCCGCCGCCGCAGCCGAUGAAGUCACCCAAGAGUCCACCGCCGCAGGUGUCCAAGGUGCCCAAGUCUCCAUCUGGGACACCACCCUCCGGUUCUGUCAAAGACACCAAGCCGCCUCAGGAGACAAAACCACCGAAGGAACCCAAAUCACCAAAGGAAGCCACAUUAACCAAAUCCCCAAAGGAAACAACUUCAGCUAAAUUAACAAAAGAAGUGACUUUAGCCCCUAAAUCAGCUGAAGAAUCAAUGAAGUCGCCAAAGGAAGUGACUACAACAAAACCAUCAAAGGAAAACUUGUCGACUAAAUCACCAAAAGAGAAUGUAUCCACUAAGCCAUCAAAGUCCCAUCUAUCUACAAAGACAGAGAAAAGGAUUAAGAAAGAGGACGUCAAUGAGUCUCUGUCGGCAACUGGUAGGGUGAGACACGAGAGCAAGUCCGAAAAAAGCAAGUCUGACAAAAGCUCAAAGGAAAAGAAAGGGUCUUCAAGCGAAGGUGGUGGAGAAACAGUUAAGAAGGAUUCAUCUAAAAAGGCAGGCCUGUUGGCAACAAGUAACGUUAGUAGAAAGACUGAGAAGACUUCUUCUUCCAAAUCAGGCAGCACCAUCAUUCCGUCAAUCAUACCAUUGAUACGGACGGACUCGUCCAAGGCCGAGGCGGGAGGCUUCACGAAGCGAGAAGGCAUGUCAAAGUUGGACAAACUCAAACACAAGAAACACAAGGACAAGCACAAAAAGCACAAGGACAAGAAGAAGAAGAAAAAGAAGAAGAAGGAAAAGGAGAAGAAAAAGAAAAAGAAGAAGCGGCAGAAGGAUGGAGGGAAGAUGGGUAUCCUGAAGAGCCAAAAGUACAAGGACAUUGAUGAAUACAUCCUGGAGAAAAAGAAGAAGGAAUUCCAAUUUGAAAUGCCUCUUCCUGUUUCCCAGUUCAAGGAGAACUAUUCUCGGCACCCUGCCCCGAUCUUGAAGUCCCAGCUCCUGAGGAGUGUUGAGAGAUCGGAUCCAGGUCAUGGCAGAGGGAGCGGUGAGGGGGAGAUUGUCAGAUGCAUCUGCUACCGAAAGACAGAAGAGGGCUUCAUGAUACAGUGCGAGCGAUGUCUUUGCUGGCAGCAUAGUAGCUGUGUGGGACUAACCAAAUCCACUGUACCUGAUCAGUAUGUCUGCCUCAUCUGCUUCAACCCAAGAGACCAGAGAGUGAGUGCCAAGUACCGCUAUGGCCAGAAAUGGCUAGAUGAUGGGGACUUGGCAUCUUUUUCCUUCGCUCCCAAGGAACAUAUGAAGGAGGCGUCUCACAACCUUGCAGCCACGAACCGUCUCAUCGGUGAGAUGCACGUCAUCAACGAGGUCCUGAGAGGACUCCGGGAGAAGCUCCAUAUUCUUCAAACUGAUGACCAUCCCGCCAUGAAACUGUGGGCCAGAUCCUGGUUAAAACCCAAGGUUCCAGAGACACCAAAGCCAGACCCUCUUGCCAAUCCAGGUCUAGAAUCCAGCUUGAGUCCCACCCUGGAUCCUGCCUUGUCCGAGUUCAAAGACUCCCUGAGUAUUGAUGGUAGCUUGGACCCAGAGGCUAGCUUGACGCCACAAGAGACGGAGCAAAUAGCAAGAAUCAUGGCCAUGAGCGGCGACCUGGAGAUGGCCACGUUGGCAAACUUGGCUCUGCCUUGUGAGGUUGGACUGGACUCGUCUGCGUCAUCCAUGAUUGAUGGAAGCCUCUUGAAGGAAGACCAGAAUCUAGGGGAUGUGGAGAUGGGUGGACUGACUAGCGUCGCGCAGGGGGAAGUGGUAGAUGUUGGGAUGGGAGUGCUUGAAAGCGUUGUGGGUGGAAUGGAGGUCAAGAAUGCACCAGGACAUACUCUCGGAAUGGAUGCUUCAGCUGUUAUGGCACCAGGAAUGGAUGCUUCAGCUGUUAUGGCACCAGGAAUGGAUGCUUCUGCCGUUAUGACACCGGGAGUGGAUGGAGCAUCUUCAUCAUCUUCAUCAUUCAAUGCUGGUGAUGUUGGUGAGGUAUCCUCAGCUAACAUUCCAAAGACACCAGUGAUUCAGCAGAGCAAGAGUGAAGAUUUUGAGCCUCCCACAGUCAAAUUUGUGAUGUCAUCAGGCACGGAGAGGUCAUCAGCAAAAGAGCCAGCGAUUGUGGACAUCAGUGACAUCCCGUCAACAUCCGCUGGCCCCAGCCAGGAGCAGUUAGAGGCAGCCGGUAUGAUGCGGUUUCAGCCACUUACUCACAAUGACAGGAGAGAGGAAACACACAGACACAGCCCCUUACCCCAAGAUGAAAGCAGUCUUGAUACAGAGAGUUCAAUGGACUUGGAUGAAGAAGAUGCAAAGCCCGAGAAAAGCAAGGAAUCGUUACGUCGGACCUCGGAAACAGAAACGAAGGAGGAGGAUGAGAGUAUGGACAUUUCAGAAGUACCUGAAAGUGGUCCAUCAUCUUCUAAGUCUGAAUCUCAAUUGGACACUGUUCCUGUCAAGGAGCCUCCUUCGAUGACUACUGAAGUGAAUGCCAUCCCAGAAAUAGUUGAUGCUAGAGAAGUUGGAUUAACGGAAUCAGUUGCUCCAGAAUCAAAAUCCAAAGAAACUGUUGCUCAUCAAUCAACAAAGGAUGAGGCUACAGCAGAAUCAGCAGUGGCUGAUGCUCAAGUAGAUGAUGGCUCAGUUGCUCCAACAACAAAACCUGAAGGAACCACGGAGAUUCGAUCAACAGCAAGUGAGCCUUCUUCAAAUUUAGUUGUGACUGAAGAAAAAGUUAAUGAUGACUCAGUAGCUCCAAUGGUAGAACCUGAAGGAACCCCAGUAGCAGAGUCGGCAGUAAGUGAGGCUUCUGCAGAAUCGGUAGUAGCUCGAGAUCAAGUAGGUGAUGAUGACUCCAUUACUGCAACACCAACAUCAGCAGUAAUUGUGGAAGGUCAGUCAACUGAAACUGAGGCAACUCCAGAAUCAGUAUCAGCUGAUGCUAAUGUAGACGACGGUGCUGUUGCUGCCACAUCGAAGCCUGAAGGAACUGUUGAUGGUAUAUCAACAGUAACGGAAGUUUCUCCAGAUGUAAAUGUUACAAAUGAACAAAAUCAGAAGGAAGGGACCAGUCCAUUGAACUUGAAUAUUGCUAGUUCAGAAAGUGACAAGGAAAGUGAAAAGAAGGAUUGCAUCACACGACCUGACAGUGAACUAGUAAGAGAUGUUAAAGCACCUGAAGGAGUGACUCUUGAUAAUGUGAGUGAUGUCCAACCAGCAGUAGCAGAUACCAAGGCAGGAGAAGAUCCUUCCUAUCAGGACAUCCCUAAUCCUGAGGUGAUGAACCCAGAAGUACAGAUGAAAAAAGUUGCCAAACCUGACAAUGAAAUCCAGAAAAAAUCACAUGCAGAUAUACAGAAGAGUAAAGAUUCAUUGUCAAAAGCACAAGAUGACACUGACGCUAUUCCUGCUGACUCUUGCGUGGAAACAGGUGUUCCACCAAACACGAACCCAUGUGUUGCAUCUUCCAAUAUGGAGGGAGUUCAAGCAAAUACAGGAAAUCUAGCAGCGGGUGAUAGUGCGGCUCUUGUUGGUUCUUUAGUACCUUCAGAUCAGCUGCAUCCCACUACUGACACAAGUGCCCCUGGGACAGUAGAUGCCCCAACCAAGUCAUUGGAUCCUGCUAACAAGGAGAUGGCCACGGCAUCAGGUGUUGAUCCUGGAGGAUUGCUCCUGCCACCCGUAGUUGGGCCUGGAGGUGAUAGCCAAGCAUUCGUCACACCCGAUGUCCGAGCCCUUGGUCCGUUGGGGAUGAGCAGAGUGGCCCCUCCUGUUCCCAUGGAGGUCGAAGACCAACCAUCAACGUCGGGCUACUCCAACCAAUCAAUCAACCAUGAAGCGAUUUCGGGUGGGAGUGGUGUAUGGAAAUCUGUCCAGAAUGUGUCAGAUGUCCCAGUACCAGUCACCAAAGAGGAAAGUCCUGUUAAAGAGGAGAUCGAGAUCAAGGGGUCACUGAAAAUCAUCAAGGUACCGCUGAGUGUAUGCAAGAAGAACCUGAGGGAACACAUUGAAUACUUAGAAGCCGAGCUGGAGAAGAGGAUGGAUAUCAUAGAAGAAGAGGCAAAUGCUCUUGAGCAGCAGUUUGCAGAGCUACCGGGUCUCAGCCCUGACAUCCGAGGUCUAGCUACCAUGAACGACACUUUCCUCAAGACCAAGAUGCAAACCCUUCUUGGCGACUUGGAACGUAUCAAUAACAUUGUAGCAAUGUGAAAAGAGAGGUUACCAGUCUCCGUUUUCUGAUUUGCCACCUUUUCCUUGGUCCUCCUAGAACAUUGCUAUCCAUUAGCUUGAUGGAGUUUGUUGUGCACUGCUUCAAGCACGACCUUGAGGCAAAGGGAAAAUACUCUAAGGACACAAUUAAUAGUAUGUAGGGCCAUACCAACACAUAAGAAACGCACACCCAGACAAGUAAUAGAAAACAGUGUGAAUUUUUGACCUUUUGGCGUCAAACGAGCACAUUGUAGCUCUAUCCAAGUAUUGAUAUCGACGUCAUUGGGGGAUAAGAUUCAAUAGCUUGAAUAGAUUGUGCUCAUUUCUCAUUUUGAUGACCUGUGGUAGAAACUUAGUUCACUGAUAGCUCUGGCUUCAUGAGAAAGUAUCUUUGCCAGUAUUCAUUUGAUCUGUUUUUGUUAUAUUCCAUCGACAUGGAAACCAGGGGGAGAGUUUCACAAAGAAUUCAGUGUGACUUAAAAAAGUCAUGCUUAGUGCUGACUUGAACAUGAUAUGUAAUGCACAAUCUUAUUAAUUAAUACGAAGUAGUGUGCGUCCUUUUAGCAUUAUUUGACUAAUGCGGUGAUGAUUUUUAUACAGCACGCAACUGAACAUUUAAGUGCGACUUAAAGUCACGCUUAAACGUCAAAUAUGCAUAUGGUAUGCAAGGCAUAAUCUCAUUGAUGACUUCGCAAUAGCGUGCAUUCCCCGGAGCAUGAUCUGAGCAGUGAGUUGAUGCGUUGUACACCCCAUGCAACUAGGAAUGUAGGUGCAACAUUUUGUCAUAAGUUUUGUGAAACAGACCCCAGCUUAUUUGGGGGGGGGGGUAUUUUGACUGAUUAUUAAUUAUAUUUAUCAUAGUCAGUGUCGAGGGAGAUUUGAAAGUAAAAAUUCUUCUUUUCCAGUCUCCGACGACAAAUCUGAACCCAACACAGAUGACACUCCCAAAAGUUUGUCAUUUAGAUGAGUACUAAGAUAUGAGUUCAAAUAUGUAUUCAGCAAAUUAUAUUUAUAUUCAGGGAAGAUCAGCAUCUUAUUAUAAAUGUUAACCAUUCAUGAUGUCAAUUCAGGAGGAAGGCAUUGAUUAACAUGCAAAAAUUAUGACAAUUCAACAUUUUGAAUAAGUACAAUGAUGAUAAUAGUCAUAUUUUGAUUCAUAUAGCACUUCAUAAUCAUUUAUAAAAUCACUCUGGCUCACAUUACUGAAUUCAAAAUUAAAUAAUAUUCUUCUUCAAAAAAUCAUUAGGUUGAUAAAUUUAAUUAUAAUUAAUCAACCAGUCUAAACUUUUGCAAAGGGAUUAUUUUUUUUCCUUUUUUCUACAGGCUAGGAAUUUCCAAGUAAAAAGGGAGGUGAAAUGGAAGAGAGUAAAUUCAUUUAAUUCUUAUUAGAUAAAUUGUGAUUAUCCUAUAGAAUAAAAAAGUACUGAAAUUUUGAAUUGUGUACAUGUAUUUCCAUUUCUUAAAAACCCUUAUUUUUCCUUUUAAAAAUGUUUGCAUGAUUUUAUUGGUAAUUUUAUGUUAGAUUUGGCAGUAAUCUGACCCAUUUUGUAUAUACAUAUAUAUUAUUGUACAUAUGGAUGUAAAUAGACAUGUACAAAGACUAUGUAAAUAUUCAGUACAUGUAUAUUGAAAUGUGGCAAGACGUUGAAGCUGUUGAAUGUGCUCUAUGUGCCUUCCCUAUGCGAUAGGUAGCAUUAAUGAUGAUUAAAUCAUAAUAUAUGGACCCCAUUUGAUGUUUGUUAACAAAAGCAAUAUGAUUGGCAAAAACCAUGCAGUAUUUACAGUGUAUAUACAGUUCAAGAAAUAAAGGUGUCGGCUUUAUUUGGGAGUGGAUUAUUAUUCACCGACCCCAGACUUGGUGAAAAGCAAUGGAAAUACCUGUAACAGAGAUUUCUUUGGGAGAAAGCAAACUUGAUGUACAAGCGAUAAAUUCUUUGGCUAAGCUCGGCUUUGCCCUCCGGCAACUGUCAGGCCAGUGAGAGAACGACUUUGCCAUAAGGCAAUUUCCAGUGACAUGAAACGUCUGCUAGUCAUAAAUCUCAUUCUACUGACACACAUAUCACAAAGUCUGCAUAGACUGACCUUCUAUAAGUUGAAUUUUACCCAAGUUGAACACAUUCUUGUGUUCCUCAGAGAUUUGACAAGGAAACUUCACCUGUAUCAAAAUUAAACUUGCAUCCAAUUUUCCAUCUUGAGUUACUACAGUUGAUUAUAAUACAUUUUCGUUUGACAAGGAAACAAUUCACCUGUAUUAAAAUUGAAUUUUUCCAUCUUGAGUUACUUCAGUUGAUUAUGAAAUAUUUUCUUUUCAGUAACUCCUCUGGUGCUUUAUGUUCCUGUUUAAUACUUUGGUCCAUAUUCUGAAGUCAGGUAUAACUCUGUGCUAAAAUUAUGGGGAGCCAAAAAUUCAAAAAUUCUACUUAUAUUGUAUAUUUCUUAUGUUUACUAUCUUGUUUUCGUUUGCUCUCGAAAUGAAGAAAAAUACUUCAAAAUACUUCAGUUAUCAUUCCCAGACAACUAUGAACAAUUUGGGUGUCAUAUGAAUAAAUUAAGUGUAUGUGUACUGUUAGGGAUUUGUGCCUCAAUUGGUGCUCCAUAGUUAUAAACCACAACUUUAAACCAGGUGUUUAAUUUAAACCCUGAGUUCAGAUUACGGGCCAUUAUGUUUAAUAUGCCCUGCCUGUGUCAGUUAUGGGACCUUGUCCUGGGCUCUCUUCUGUUUAAUUCAAUGUAUAAAAUGUACCUGAAAUUCUGAAUUGUUAUUUUUAUAUAAACCUUACUGUUUGUUCCGUUAUUGUAUUCUGUUCAAUAAAGUGAUGCAAAACAGCAUUAACACUCUAUAUUCACACUAUAUCCAUGUACCUUUGUACGUACAUGCACAAUUUUGAUUCUAUGGUAUCUGACCAAGUUUGAGCAUGGAAAGAAGUUGAUUAUAAGAAUAUAUAAAUUGCAUCAUCAAAUUGAGUUAAACGUGGGAUAAUGUUGCUUAUACACAUGAGCAUAUCUAGUGUGAAAUUUCUGACCAGGAAUUUCUCCCAGAAGUGCCCAAAAUGAAUGAAAAACAUCUUCAUUUGACACGCACAAAUAUCAUUUGGUUUUUCUAGAUUUACAUAAAUUGGACACCCUUUGACAAGUUUCAUUCUUUUAAUCUAAUAUGGCUACACGUGUAUGACUUAUAUUCAGGAAGAAAAUACUCAGAUGCUAAUGUCGAUUUGCCACUAAAUAUUUGUAUGUAGAAAGAAACAUCUAUGAAUAAAUAAAUAAACAGACUUUCAUCUUUUCACAAUCAAUUUUGUUGUUACCUUGCUAGCUUUUGCUUACUGGUUUCUGCAGGCUUUUUGUAAAUUGAUAUGACAUUGCUAAAGGUUAUUUGUAAUGAAUGGGAGUCAGAAAAAUAGCCCCCCCCC